AUGAUCGAGGAACACGAUGAGCGGGAGACCAUAUGUGAUUCAGUAUCCUCACUUGUGGAGGGUUGUCGUUUGCCGGUUAGAAUGCAGGAUGGUGAUGAUUGGCCACUUGCUGAAAUCAUCAGCGUUAAGGAGAUGCGAGGUGUUAAAUGUUACUAUGUUCACUAUGUGGAUUUUAACAAACGAUUGGAUGAAUGGGUUAUGGAAAACUGUCUGGAUACACGAAAAGUUCAAUUUCCAAGACGGGACGGCACUACGCCAGGGACAGGGGCAGCGACGCCAAAGAAACAAGCUCCUAGUAGGCCACCGAGUCCUAACAAUGUUAUACCAGAGCCAGUGAAUGGUUCAGCUGUAUUACAGGCAGCAUUACAAAAAAAUAUUGCUAGAAAAAGAAAAGGAACUUUUUUGGAGAGCGAGGAUUCACAAGAGGCUCCGCCACAACCUGUACCUGCAGCAACUGGUCCAAGAUCUACUGGAUCACUGGUAGCUCAUCAUCACGACGAUGUCGUAACUAGGAUGAAAAAUAUAGAACUAAUCGAAUUAGGAAGACAUAGGAUAAAGCCAUGGUACUUCAGCCCAUAUCCGCAAGAAAUGGUUAGCCUGCAAUGUAUUUAUAUCUGUGAAUUUUGUCUCAAGUAUCGAAAAAGUCGGAAAUGCCUUGAACGACACUUAGCAAAAUGUAAUUUACGGCAUCCGCCUGGGAACGAGAUAUAUAGGAAAGGAUCUAUAUCGUUUUUUGAAAUUGAUGGAAGGAAAAACAAAAACUACGCUCAAAACCUUUGUUUAUUAGCCAAAUUAUUCUUAGACCACAAAACAUUGUACUACGACACAGAUCCAUUUUUGUUUUACGUCAUGACGGAAUUCGAUAGCCGAGGAUUUCACAUCGUAGGAUAUUUUUCAAAAGAGAAAGAAUCGACUGAAGACUACAACGUUGCUUGUAUAUUAACGAUGCCUCCUUACCAGAGGAAGGGUUAUGGCAAACUGUUGAUAGAAUUUUCUUACGAACUAUCAAAAUUUGAGGGCAAGACUGGAUCACCGGAAAAACCAUUAUCCGACUUGGGAUUGUUAUCGUAUCGGAGUUAUUGGGCUCAUACGAUACUGGACAUAUUACUAAACGUUAAACCAUUAAUAGAAAACGAAAAGCCGCAGAUCACGAUAAACGAAAUAUGUGAACUAACGUCUAUCAAGAAAGAAGAUGUUAUAUCAACUCUACAGAAUCUGAACCUUAUUAAUUAUUACAAAGGGCAAUACAUCGUUACGCUCAAUCGGGAUAUAAUACAACAGCAUGCUGCAGCGAUGGAGAAACGCACGAUAAGAAUAGAUCCGAAAUGUCUCCAUUGGACGCCGAAGGAUUGGAGCGUCCGAGCGAAAUGGUAAACAAAGUACAUACUACACAAUAUCGAGACACUCGCGUGAUUUAGAAUAGAUUUCAGGAAUCCUGAAAGAGACUACAUACGUUUCACAAGCGUGCAAAAUUGUACAUAACUCUUAGUUAGUGGUAUUUCAUUUUAACGCGGCUGUGUCUAAUUUCACGAAUUUCGCAAUAUACCUACAUUACAAUAUCAUUAGAUGAUAUGUCUA